AUGUUUCGAUUUUUAAGCAAAUUCAACUUUAAAUAAUUGACAAAAUCUUAGGCUGAUUUUUAUCAUGCCAACGGCUAUCUUGUACUUCCUAAUAUUGUCAGCCAUCAAGAAAUUGAUAAAUUGCUAAAAAGAACAGACGAAUUGGUUGAAAAUGCUGAUAUUAUAAAUAAUCAAAUGUUUUUUGAUACUAAAAAUGCUCCCAGAGGUAUGAGCUUUUUAGAAACUGCUUCUAAAAUAGGAUAUUUAUUAGAAUUGGGUAUGAUUGAUGAAAAAGGAUAAUUGAAAGUAAAAGACAAAAAGCUUGCUCUCAAUAAAAUAGGACAUGCUAUGCAUGAUCUUGAUCCAGCUUUUGAAAGGUUUUCCUAUAACAGCAUUUUCAAAGCAAUUCUUUAAGGAGUUGGAUACAUUGAUCCAAUACUUGCUCAAUCAAUGGUAAUAUUUAAAAACUAGAAAUUUGGUACACCUGUAGAUAUGCACACCGAUAAUACUUACAUCAUAAGUGAGCCAAAACCAUCCUGUAUAGGAAUAUGGAUAGCACUUGAAGAUGCAACAAGAAAUAAUGGAUGCAUGUUUGCUUUUCCAAAAUCCCACUAGACACCAACAACAUAUUUCAACAUCUUAGAUGAAACUAGAAAAAACACUAUAAUGAUUGGACAAAAUCCAGAAUAUGCUAAACGCUAUGAUCCUGCUCAAGCUGAAUGCUUAGAAGUUACAAAAGGCUCAGUUAUCUUACUUCAUGGAGAUCUUGUGCAUUUUUCUGGACAUAAUCACUCCUCUUAAUCAAGACACGCAUAUACGCUUCAUUUGAUUGAAGGACAUAACAAUCAUUGGAGCGAAAAGGCUUGGCUUCAGAGAAUUCCUGAAUUACCAUUAAAAAAAUACUAUCAAAGAGUUUCAGAGAUUGAUACAUUUUGAUUAAAUAUAGAUAGAUCACAAUUUAAGUAUACGUUAUCAAA